AUGCACGAUGACACUCAUUGGAUGGAUCAAUUUAUCGCUCCAGGCCUUCGAUUAUGGAUGCUAAUUGGACUAGUUGGAUCCGUGUUAUUAGUAAUGACAAUAAUUGUGUGUUGUUUUAUGAGGAUUCGUAUUCCUCGGACAAAAAGGCAGAUCGAAUUAAUGAGUGCAAAGUAAGUUUCCCUUGUUUUUAGACACUACGGGAUUUUCUCGGGGAACCCGCGAGAAAGAAGUCGGGGCAAAGCUGUUGAAUAAAAAAGUUAAUUUUAAUGGGCUAAAACUUCAGAAGGGCGCAAAGAAAGCAAAGAAGAGAAGCAGGCCGUCAAUCUGGUCAGAAUGGGCUCGACUCCAAUUAUGAUCGGGGCCAAACGAUUGUCAUGAAUUCCUUGGCCACUAGGCCGACUGGGCGCGGAGAUCACAGAGGGCGUGAGCCUUUAAAUUCCCAUUCUGCCAAUGUAUGA